AUGAUUACAGAAGACGAUGCAAUCAUCCAGCGGUAUGACCAAAAUGCCUGUGCUGGUCCAACUUCAGAGUUUGUUCUUCUACAGACUUACAAAGGGCCAAAUGAAAUGCCCUUCAUCGCAUUGGUCACAACACCAGCUACUCAAAAGCUUUGUUUCUAUGUGUAUUUGGAAAAGGAAUUCAAGUAUGUUGUACUCAAUAUCUUCUUUACCGGCUCAAUCAACAGUCUUUCCGACAAUCUUCAAUAUGCUUCGCUGGAAUAUGCGGAAGACGGUGUGUUUGUACCUUAUUGUAGGAAUUCACACACCAAGGUGAAUGCAUACGAUGAUGCGAACGUCGAAGUGGAAGUGGUCUCAAAUGGGGAUGAUGGUUAUGAAGUGCGUAAAAUUCCUCUGCCGCAACAUCCAACGAGGAUGUAG